AGUCCAGAAUUGAGGGCUGUAGAGGGCUUUUCCCCGCCCCACAGCCAAUGGUCGGAGCCUCCAGUGGUGCUCACAGCUCACACUUGGGAUUGAAGUUUGGAGUCGCCACCAGACCCGCUCAGGGCGGGGACAGGGACCGCCAUUCCUGCAGCGGCUUCUACUCCCGCCCCGCUCAGCCCACAGAGGGCAAUGGCGGCGCCCCCGCUGAGGAGACGGGCUGAGGUUGGCGUGACCUUUGAGGACAUUGCCCUGUACUUCUCCAGGGAGGAAUGGAGCCUCCUUGAUGAGGGUCAGAGACAGCUGUACCUGAAUGUGAUGCUGGAGAACUUUGAACUUAUAUCCUCGCUGGGUUGCUGCUGUGGAGCAGAGAACGUGGAGGAAACGACUGAACAGAAGGUUUCUGUAAGAUUGUCACAGGCAAGGAAUCCCAAGGUAGUUUUGUCUUCCCAGAAGAGUCACCCCUGUGAGAGUUGUGGGCUAGUCUUGGGAAACAUUUUCCACAUGAUGGAGGGUCAGGAAACACAACACAGACAGAUACUGUUGAGAUGUGGGGCAUGUGCAAAACAAUUAUAUUUCCGUACAAAAUUUCACCAGCAGCAUAUGAGAGAGAAGUCUUUCAUUAGAGGUGUGGAGAGGAUCUCACUUGCAAACAGCUGCAAUUUCAAUGUGUCCCAGAAUGGUUUCACAUGCAGGGAGGUUGGGCAGGGUGUCCUUACGGGGUCAGGACAUUUACACCUAAAGGCUAUUCAGACCACAGACAGUCCAACUGCAAUUUCGACGUGUGCGAUGACAUUUCAAAGGAGAAAAAAUUAUUACAGUAGAAAAGAAUGUCAGAGAGACAUUAGUUGCACCCACACGUUUAUUCAGGAAAAAGGUGUCCAUCUUGGAAGUGGGUGUUGUGUGUGCUCUGAAUGUGGAAAAUAUUUUACCAAAUUAUCUAGCUUUCAUUAUCAACAAAGAGGUAACACGAGAGAAAAGCCGUAUGAAUGCAGUGAGUGUGGGAAAGCUUACACCAGUAGCACUGGACUUCGUCGUCAUCAGAGAUUUCAUAUGGGAGAAAAGCCUUAUAAAUGCAGUGAAUGUGGGAAAUCUUUUACCCAGAGCACUAAACUUCGUUAUCAUCAGACAGUUCAUACAGGAGAAAAGUCUUAUAAAUGCAGUCAAUGUGAAAAAUCCUUUAAAAGUAGCAGUGGCCUUCAAUAUCAUCAGAGAGUUCACACUGGAGAGAAGCCUUAUAAAUGCAGUGAAUGUGGAAAAUCUUUUGCACGGAGCAAUGCCCUUCGUGAUCAUCACAGAGUUCAUACAGGAGAAAAGCCUUAUAAAUGCAGUGAAUGUGGAAAAUCUUUUGCACUGAGCAAUGCCCUUCAUUAUCAUCAGAGAGUUCACACUGGAGAAAAGCCUUAUCAAUGCAGUGAAUGUGGGAAAUCUUUUACCACUAGCGCUGCCCUUCAUUGUCAUCAGAGAAUUCACAGUGGGGAAAAGCCUUAUCAAUGCAGUGAAUGUGGGAAAUCUUUUACCACUAGCGCUGCCCUUCAUUGUCAUCAGCGUUUUCAUCGAGUUCAUACAGGAGAAAAGCCUUAUAAAUGCACUGAAUGUGGGAAAUCUUUUCCCCAGAGCUCUGCUCUUUAUUAUCAUCAUAGACUUCAUACAGGAGAAAAGCCUCAUAAAUGCAGUGAAUGUGGAAAAUCUUUUCCACGUAGCAGUGCGCUGCAAUAUCAUCAGCGUGUUCACAGUGGAGAAAAGCCUUUUAAAUGCAGUGAAUGUGGAAAAUCUUUUACCCAGAGCACUGCCCUUCAUUAUCAUCAGAGACUUCAUACAGGAGAAAAGCCUUAUAAAUGCAGUGAAUGUGGGAAAUCUUUUACAAGGAGCAGUGGUCUUCAAUAUCAUCAGAGAGUUCACACUGGAGAAAAUCAUGAGUGCAAUUAAUAUGAGGUAUCUCUCAGCCAAAUUUCUAAAUUUGCUCUGCACAUAUGAGUCCAAAUGUGAGAAAUUUCACAGAUGUGUAGGAAAUGUAGUUUCUUAGUUAGGACUUAACAUUAGUACAAGAAAAUUUAUGUAUCCUCAUUUUUCUGAAUUGUAUCUCAUACUUUUAAUCACCUACAUUAUGUAAAGUUCCCAUAAGUGUUCUUGUUGUGUUUGUUUUUAUGUUGGAACACGGUGUAAUUAUGUUGCAUGUUCUAACAUAAAGAGAUGUUCUGCCAGAUCUAUGUCACUGCAUAUUUCUGUUGUAGAAGGUAUUUCAUCUGAACCACCUAUAAUGUCCCCUACAAAUGGCAUCAAUCACCAUCCUCAUGUGCCCGGGGAAGCUAAUUCUGUUGUCUUUUUUGUUGAAGAAAAUGAGGAAUACCUGAGUCCACAGUUCUUUCUUGUUUUCCUGUUAUGCGUUGCCACAUAGAACUCAUUAUUGUUGGCCCCAGUAAACAUAAUGUUGCAGAGGGAAUGCUUUCCCUGAAUGCCAGUGAUGAAUUUAUUGAGUGCCUGAGUCGUCAGUGGAAGAACUGCCAGUCUCAUGUCUCUUUGGUUUGUACAAUAAUGAAAGCUUUUCGUAAUACUUCUUUAAUCUUGGGUGUUCUAUUUACUGGGUGGGUUAGCUUUAAGGAGAUCGGGGCUCUCCAAGCAUGAUGAGGUGAACAACUUUUUUGGGGUCUCAAACAUUUUUGCCCUUGGGGCAACAGUAUGGUGCAGGAGUAGCUCAGCAGUUUUUGCAAAUUUACACUGCUGCCCAUAUUUUCCUAGGAAAUACUCUGGACUCUCUGAUCCUCAUGUGAUAUCUGGAUGCUUUGAGACAUAGAGAUCACUCCAAAGAGAAGGAAGUUGUGACAACUUCAAGUAUGUCUGGGAGCACGAAUUUUUUUCUUGUUUGCAAGGGAUGCCAAUACAUGUGAAGGGUAUCUCUUGCCCAGGUGUUGCAGAGGGCCAUGUGCCCUAAUGCUUACAAUUUCACGAGUGAUGGUCACUGGUUUGAGGACCAUAGCAGUGAGGGAAACCCUUUUACUGCAGGAACACUGACCUAAUUAUUGUUGGACAAAACUGCAGCCCAUUAGAUGGAAGGGUCCUCACCUAAGUGUGCAUCCAGGAAUUAUUUUGGGGAAAAGACUACAGGAGCUCUGUGUACGGAGAUCGGAGGGACCCCAUGCAUGUUUAUUUUCUGUGGAGCAGUCAUUGUCAUUGAUUAUAAUCAAGAUGUUUUGUGGCUCUUGUAGCUUCCCAGAUGUUCCCAUCAGAACCAUUGGUGCUCAGGCAGCAAAACAGAAAUGGAGACAAAGGCUGUCUUUAGUCCAAGGAUGUGGCUUUUGUGGGUUUGGGUGAAAGUUCUUCAUCGUAUGUUACAUUUUCUGUACUGACAUGAGACUCUCACCCAGCGGGCAUAUGAAUGUGGAAUGAAUAUAGAAUUUCGAAACCUGUUCUUCCAAAAUAGAUGAGCGUACAUUUGUUUUAUCUUGAACCAUUUUUAACAGUUGUAAUGAGUAAGUUAUAUGUGUUAAGUAUAGUGUUUCAUAACUAUUGACAUGUGCAUGAAAUGAAACCAUCAUUAUAGUCAUAAUGCUGACUAUAUGUUACACAGUGUAAUUGCUUCAUGACCUCUUUUAACGUGUCCCUGUUCUUCACAGCUUUCCUAGUUUCCAUGGAUUUACAUUUCACUUUCAUAGAGUACUUUAUUUUCUUUGAGUAUUUUUCUGCUUUAAUUUAGUUUUCAUAAAUACUUGUAGAUUUAUUCAACUUAUAUUAGUAACUCAACUUUUUUCCUGAUAGAUAUUUUUUUAAAAAAAUAAUAUAUUUUAUUGAGGAAACUGUCCAGAACACUCGGUGUGAGGUUCAGGAGUGGCGGCUGCCUCAGCUGCGCGCAGCAACACCCUCUUUCCAGCUCCUCCACACCUGCCUCAGCCUGCUCACCGGCUGUCAAAUAUGAUGAAAGCAACCACUUACUAUGAUGUUUUGGGGAUCAAACCCAGUGCCACCCAGGAAGAAGUGAAAAAGGCAUAUAGGAAGCUGGCCUUAAAGUACCACCUUGAUAAGAAUCCAAUAGAAGAAGAGAAGUUUAAACAGAUUUCUCAAGCUUACGAAGUGCUCUCUGAUGCAAAGUUAAGGGAUGCGUAGUGAUAAAGGAGGAGACCAAGCAAUUAUGGAAGGUGGAGGUGGUGGUUGUUUUGGUUCCCCCAUGGACAUCUUUGAUACGUUUUUGGUGGAGAAGGAAGGAUGCAGAGAGAAAGGAGAGGUAAAAACAUUGUGCAUCAGCUCUUCGUAACCUUAGAAGACUUAGAUAAUAGUGCAGCGAGGAAACUAGCUCUACAAAAGUAUGUGAUUUGUGAUCAAUGUGAAGGUCAAGGUGGUAAGAAAGGAGCAGUAGAGUGCUGUCCCAAUGGCUGAGGAACUGGAAUGCAAGUAAGCAUUCAUCAGAUCGGCCCUGGAAUGGUUCAGCAAAUUCGGUCUGUGUGCAUGGAGUGCCAGGGCCAUGGGGAAAGGAUCAGUCCAAAAGUUUGAUGCAAAAGCUGCAACAGAAGGAAGAUAGUUUGAGAGAAGAUUCUAGAAUUUCAUAUUGAAAAAUGGCCAGAAGAUAACAUUCCAUGGUGAAGGAGACCAGGACCCAGGGCUGGAGCCAGGAGAUAUUAUCAUUGUUUUAGAUCAGAAGGACCAUGCUGUUUUCGCUUGACGAGGAGAACGCCUUUUCAUGUGUAUGGAUAUACAGCUGGAUGAAACAUUGUGUGGCUUCCAAAAGCCAAUAGCUACUCUUGACAACCGAACCAUAGUCACCAGCUCUCAUCCAGGUCAGAUUGUCAAGCAUGGAGAUACCAAGUGUGUAUUAAAUGAAGGCAUGCCAAUUUAUCGUAGACCAUAUGAAAAGGGUCGCCUAAUCGUGGAAUAUAAGGGAAACUUUCCUAACAAUGGCCUUCUCUCUCCUGAUAAACUCCCUUUCCUGGAAAAACUGCUUCCUGAAAGGAAGGAAGUAGAAGAGACUGAUGAAAUGGACCAGGUAGAACGGGUGGACUUUGAUCCAAAUCAAGAAAGAAUGCACCAUUACAAUGGAGAAGUAUAUGAGGAUGAUGACCAUCAUCCUAGGGGUGGUGUUCAGUGUCAGACCUCUUAAUGGGUCCAGGGAAUAACACUGCUGGCAUUUUAUAUACAGUAGUGAAUGAGUGAAGGACUGUAACCAUAAUAUGCUCACUACUUGCUAUUGUUUUUGUUUUAAUAUUCAAGUAUAGUAGUGUUUUAAAAGUUAAAUGAAGAAUAAACUCAAAUA